AUGAAUUUGGGUAUUUUAGAGGAGGACUGUGUUUAUGAGGUCACUCAUGUUGUAGAUUUAUUCAGAAGACCUAUAGAACCUAUUGGAUAUCUUUGUAUUAGCUCCAUCGCAAAAAUAUGCCUAUCGAUUACAAUUCUUUUCUUUGCUUUUGAUUGCCGUCUUUUAACCCCAAUCUUAACUCCCGCUGUUCCUAUUUUAGCAGCGAUCCAGUUUCUAUAUGUUGUUACUGCAUUUCUUCGUACAGCAUUCACAGAUCCAGGAAUUAUACCACGGGCUACACGUCCUGAAAUAGAAUGGACUGAACUGUCAAUUGGUACUGGUGAUUUAUCUGUAAAUGACUCGAAUAACAAAAGUGAACAUGAUUUAAAUGCAGUUCGAACUUAUCCACCCGGUGCCAGAACACGUCAAAUUUUAAUUGGAGAUCAUCUAGUCAAAAUUAAUUAUUGUCAUAGUUGUCGAAUUUUCCGUCCACCAAGAGCAUCACAUUGCUCUUCGUGUGAUAAUUGUGUUGGGUUUGAUUAUUACGACGUUAUUUCAUCAGAAAAAUUGAGUUUCCACAUAGAGAAAUAUGUUUAA